CGCACAAAAAAGGGGUCAAGGCGGCUCACCCGCUACUAUCUGCUAAUCUCCAGUCCCGCAGUCCACAUCGCUAUAUCUCGUCGAUCGCCAUCGGCACCAGACACCACAAAAUUAACCGAGCUCUUCUCCCAUCUCGUGCGGCGGGCCGACAUGUCCUCGGCUUCAGCUCCGCUGCUCGGUGCCUGCGAGCCCGCCGACGGCGAGGCGAAGCCCUGCUCGCCGGCGUGGCUACGCCGCUUGAUCGACACGGAGGAGGCAUGGGCGCAGCUGCGGUUCGCGGUGCCGAUGGUCCUGACCAACAUGUCCUACUACGGCAUCCCGCUGGUGUCCGUGAUGUUCUCCGGCCACCUCGGCGACGUCCACCUCGCCGGCGCCGCGCUCGGCAACUCCUGGGCCACCGUCACCGGUUACGCCUUCGUCGAAAUGUCGUCUGACGACGAAAAAGAUUUCAUUAAGUGCGAAUACUGUGAAGACCAGCGCGACCUGUGCGACAGAAAUUUCCUUGUUGAUGAU